AUGAGCUUUUUUAUUCCUUUCUGUUGUUGCUUUUCUUGCAAAAAACCUGAUGACCAUGAAACCGAGAGAGAACCGCUUCUAGGGUCCAGACAAACUGAACAGAAUGGACCAGCAUCAGCCAGACAGACUCUGUCUGUAGCACAAAAUGACGGAUGCAAAAGGAGAGGCAAACUAAUGAUGAGGCGUGUGGGGGUCCCUGACCUGGACCAAAGGUUUUUGGACGUUGCUGAGACUUUUAAUGAGCAGCAACACCGGUUUGAGACAACUGUGCACCUCCUGCUCAACUUGCAAAAGAGAUAUGCCUGUGCACAUGGAGGAACACUGGCUUUAACAAACAUUUUGAAGAAGAUUAGAGAUGAGCAUGCAGAUGCUGACUAUAGGAUUUCUAUGAGGCUCAAAGGUUAUGAUUUCUCUCUGUGUGUGAUUCAAACAAGUUCAGAAGGAACUAAAGAUGCCGAACCACUGCCUUAUCAUCUGAAGAGGGCUAUAGAUGAAUUCAAGGACAUUUCAGAGUCUGCAAAAGCCAUCAUAGCAAAGGGCACAACCCUCCAGGAGCUGAUAGGCUGGCUCCUCCGGAGCAAGGAUCACAUGGACGAGCAAGUAAAAGUCGCUGCAGAUACCUUUCAGGAACAAGGAAGACUAUCGGAGAACCUGAAGGAGAACAUGAACGAAGUGGAGAGGGCCAAAGAGCUCUCCAUGGAGUAUAGACAGAAGGCUGGAGAGCUUUUCAUUGAAGCUGCAGAUAUUGCAGGGCCACACCUGUAG